CGAUCGUGUGCACUGCUUUGGUUGGUGUGGUUGUGGUUGGUGUGCGGUGUGCACGAUGCAACCAGAUGCAAUACCCGGCGAAAUAGAGGGGAGAGCAUUUAGCUGCUGUACAAUUCUUUUUAAAGUAUUUCAUUAAUUCAUUGUAUUUUAAAAUCUUUUAAUACAAUUUGUACAGCCGAAAUGUCAAUUUAGAUUGCAAGCAAUUUGUUUGCUUGCUUUAUCGAUUUAUCUAUUUACCGUAGAAAAUAUGAGGUUCUCUAUUCGUAUAGCCUGCGUCUUUUCGUUUUGAUACCCAUUUCUUUAUUAAAGAAAAAAAGAUGAUCAAACAAUGUCUGUCAAAUUUUCUACUUGCCGGUACUAUUAGAUUUUUAUUAAUGAACUCCGGUUACCAAAAGAUUAUCAGUGAUCGCGUCGAAGUGUCUACUGCGUUGAAUUCCUGGAAAAGAGUGACCGAAGGAGUACAUCUGCACAAUUUCGGGAUAGAUCCAUACGCAGGAGAUUUGUUUCAUGAAACACCUAUUGGAUUAUUCAUCUUUAAUUUUCUGCAAUUGCAUUUACCACAGUGGCUAUUGUUCUCUUUAUUUAUUUUCACGGAUCUGUUAACAGCAUUGCUGCUUGGAUUUACAGCAAAGCAGUAUACAACUGAACUGAUAUCCAGAAAGAAAGAGAGAGAAGAGAAAACUGAUGAUGAAAAUAGAGGAGGUCAGGAUGAUGCAACUGCCAUAUAUACUUCCACUAUGUACGUCUCGGCAGGAUAUUUGUUCAGCCCGUACAUCAUACUGAAUUGUGUUGGACUUACAACAACAGUAUUUACAAAUUUGUUAUAUUCGAUAGCACUGAUUUCAAUGACAAGAUCGUCUAUAUUCUGGAGCUGCUUAUCGAUUUCAUUGUUAACGUUGCAACAACUUUAUCCCAUUUCGCUUGUAGUGCCAGCGAUUAUAUAUAUCGCGCGUUCCGAUAGCAAGCAACGGAAACGGAAUAUUAUCGUAUUCGUCGCGUUGUUCGCGAGCAUGUUGAUAAGCCUAUUUUAUAUUUCAUAUUACAUUAUGGGAAGCUGGUCGUUCGUUUGGAACACGCACGGUUUCAUACUGACGGUGCCGGAUUUGCGCCCGAACGUGGGACUCUACUGGUAUUUUUUUACAGAAGUGUUCGAACACUUCCGAUGGCUUUUCAUCGCCUCUUUCCAAAUAAACGUCGGUUUAUUGUACAUAGUACCAUUAGCAUUGAGAUUAAGGCACGAUCCAAUGCUACUAGCAUUUUCUUACUUGGCAAUAGCUGCCGUAUUUAAAUCUUAUCCUUGCAUAGGGGACGUUGGUUUUUACAUGUCCCUCCUGCCACUGUGGAAGCAUUUAUACCAAUAUACACAGCAAGGGUUCAUCGUAGGCUGUUUCAUGCUGUUUUGUACAAUUUUUGCACCCACCGUUUGGUAUCAGUGGAUCUACACCAGAUCUGCUAAUGCAAACUUUUACUUCGGAGUUACGUUGGCGUUCGCUAUAGCACAAAUUUUUCUACUAACAGACAUACUUUUCGCGAGCGUGAAACACGAGUUCGCCGUACGACAUGGUAUUAAUAAGGAUGUCAGUGGAAGUACGACGAAACUACUUUUAGAAUAAAGUUAUAAUAUCCAAAUUA